AUGUUCAUUUGCUUGCUGGCUCUGUUUUUGGUGGAAACGAUUUCCAUAUUGUCAGCAACAAAUGAAAUUGUGCACAAUCAACUAAAAGUUUGGUUUCUCAAUGACUGUAAACUUAAUGGAAAUUACUUAAACAUAUCAGUUGUGAAAUGGGAGAAACCAAAUCCACCAAUAAAAUUUGCGAUCAUUCGAGAACCGAUUGAACGCUUUGUCUCGUUUUAUGGCCACUUUUGUAAAAAGCUAGAUCAAUGUGAGCAACGGAACAUUCACCAAUUUGCUGUGUGGAUUGAUUUCCUAAUCACAAACCAUAGUGAUCCCUUGUCGUGGAGUCCAACAUUGAUCAAUCAUGGUUUGCCACAGACAAGA